AUGGGAUUUUUUAUACAUGAUCUCCAUCAACAAAUUCGUCAACUACAUGGACAACAACUUCCAAAUUAUUGUGAUCAGCUUUUAGUAGUUUAUCGAGGACAAGGUCUGUUAAAAACUGAUUUCGACAAACUCAAAAAAACAAAAGGUGGAUUGAUAUCUUUUAACAACUUUUUAUCCACUAGUGUGAAACCAGAUGUUUCACUCUUUUUCGCCGAGAGUGCAUCAGGAAAUAUCGAUAUGGUGGGAAUACUCUUUAUAAUGACCAUUGAUCCUCACGCUUCAUCAACACCAUUCGCCUCUAUUAAGGGGGUUAGUUCUUUCGAGACAGAAGAAGAAAUUCUCUUCUCCAUGCACACCGUAUUUCGUGUGGGUGCAAUUACACAAAUGAACAAUAAUGAUCAACUUUAUCAAGUCGAACUUCAACUGACGACUAAUGAUGAUGAACAGCUACGCAAGCUGACUAAAUGUAUAAGUGAAGAAGUUGAAGGUGAGACAGGAUGGGAACGAUUGGGCCGUUUAUUAGUCAAAACAGGUCAUUUCGAUAAGGCUGAAGAACUAUGUAAAGUACUAUUAGAACAAACAUCGAAAGAGGAUGAGGAAGCAAUGUGUUAUAACUAUCUUGUAUCUAUCAAAUAUUGCCAAGGUGAUUACGAACGCGCUAUUGAGUAUUAUGAAAAAUCACAUAGAAUCUGGGAAAAAACACUUUCUGACGAUCAUCCUUUGUUGGUUAUUUCAUACAACAACAUUGGUGAUGUGUAUUAUAGCAUGGGAGACUACUCGAAAGCAAUUUCAUUUUUCGAAAAAGCACUUGAAAUUCGAGAAAAAACUCUUCCUGCAAAUCAUCAUUCCUUCGCCACUUCCUACAACAACAUUGGUGCCGUGUAUUCUAGCAUGGGAGACUACUCGAAAGCAAUUUCAUUUUAUGAUAAAGCACUUAAAAUUCGAGAAAAAACUCUUCCUAACAAUCAUCCUGCUUUGGCCACUUCCUACAACAACAUUGGUGAUGUGUAUGAUAGCAUGAGAGAGUACUCGAAAGCACUUUUACUUUACGAAAAAGCACUAGAAAUUCGAGAAAAAACUCUUCCUAACAAUCAUCCUGGUUUGGCUAAUUCCUACAACAACAUUGGUUUGCUGUACUCUGAAAUGAGAGAACACUCUAAAGCACUUUCAUUUCACGACAAAGCACUCGAAAUUCAAGAAAAAACUCAUCCUAACAAUCAUCCUGAUUUGGCCACUUCCUACAACAACAUUGGUGGUGUGUAUUAUAGCAUGGGAGACUACUCGAAAGCAAUGUCAUUUUUCGAAAAAGCAC